CAUGGCAGCGCAACAACAAAGGCAAACAGACACUUCGACUGGGAUCUUCAACCACGAGAAACACAUUUCUGCAGCCAGUUCGCAGUCAAGUAUCACGAUUGCGUCCAAAGGAGUCACAUCAAAAUCGUCGAUGAUCAGCGCAGCGAAUGCAGUGAAUCAGCUGAUGAACGGAAUAAGGCCAGCCGAAGACGAACUCCUUUCCUUACCCCUGGACGAUCUGGAUCUUCUAUGUUCAAAAUCAAAUCCUCAGGACGUCGAUCGAGCCAUCGCCAAAUACCCCAGUUUUUUGGACAGUUUUGUAGAACGUCUAAAGGCUAACGAUUGCAAAAAUGGCAAAGCACCUUUGUUGUUGAACAGAGUGAACGAAAUAAUUAGGAAAGCAUGGGCAGUCCCCACUCAUGGUCACGAACUGGGCUAUAUCCUCUGCAACACCCUCAGAACGAGGGGUGGUCUUGACCUAUUACUGUCCAACUGUAUAGCCAGCGACCACGAGCUACGGUUCUCCUUAGCCAGGUUGUUAGAACAAUGUCUGACUACAGAAAACAGGGCACACGUGGUGGAACGUGGUCUAGAAAAGGUAGUGAACGUUGCCUGUGUGUGCACGAAGAAUGCGAACUCAGUAGACCACUCUAGAGUAGGUACUGGAAUCUUGGAACAUCUGUUCAAACACAGCGAAGGAACCUGUAGCGAUGUGAUCAGACUGGGUGGUCUAGAUGCCGUCCUAUUCGAAUGUAGGAAGAAUGACGUUGAAACGUUAAGGCACUGUGCCGGUGCCCUAGCCAAUCUAUCACUAUAUGGUGGUGCAGAGAAUCAAAAAGCUAUGAUCAGAAGGAAGGUACCCAUGUGGCUGUUCCCCCUAGCUUUCCAUAAUGACGACAACAUUAAGUACUAUGCCUGCUUAGCAAUUGCUGUAUUAGUAGCCAAUAAGGAAAUAGAAGCUGCGGUAUUGAAAUCUGGUACCUUGGAUCUAGUUGAACCAUUCGUCACCUCGCAUAACCCCUACGAAUUCGCCAAGUCGAAUCUAGCACAUGCACAUGGUCAGAGCAAGAACUGGCUAGAGUGGCUGGUACCAGUCUUGAGCUCGAAAAGAGAGGAAGCUAGAAACCUGGCAGCCUUUCAUUUGUGUUUUAAUUGGCUUAGAAAAUCGUCAAGUCUUUCCCGUUGGUUAAUGCGUUUUCCGCCUACGUUUCUGCGAUUGAAGUUUACCCGUACCCAACCCGGAGGGAGUCCACUGCCACGAAGGCCACCACUACAUCCCCCUUCUUCAUCCACCAGAUCCCGUUCUUUGGAACUAUUAGAUCAAGAUGAGAAGACAUCAAUCUCCCCUGUUAAAGAGCCAGAAGUACAAGCGAGACCAAGGUCCAAUAGCUUGGAUGGUUUGUUAGAUGAAGAUGGUUUAGUAUCAGACAUGAAGACUGAAGAUUCCCUUAUAUCAAGCAUUGAGAACAAAAUUGACUCUAGAAUAUCCUCGGAGGUGUUAAUGUGACUUUCUGAUACUAAA